UCAUAAUCCAAGUCCAGCUUCACACCACACUUGUACUUCUGGUUUUAAUCACUUAUACUUGGAUCGUCGGUGAAAGUCCAAGAAAGGUUAGUGAAAACACAGUUAUAGUCUUAGAACCAAAGCCAAGAAAACAGAGUUCAGUAGUUUAUUUGAGUUACUAGUAGGAACUCGUAAAUUUGGGAAGCAAACCGAGUUAAGCACACGGGUAAUAAAGUGCGUGUUCUGCCGCGGAGUGGCACCCACCACCCCUUUAAGCAAAUUAGUUUUACCUCGGCAAAGAUUUAUUCCACCAGUCAAGUGACUCCUCUGCCACCUACUGGACGCGUCAGUGUAGUUGGAAACUCGCGAUGGCGUCGCUUGAGGUUGGGGACGGUGGCAUGAAGCCCAGCGAUGUGGACAUCAUCGUUCCACCACCUGUGGAGCAGGGGAAAGAAGCGAACCAGUCGGCACCCGGUCUGUUGUCCUCUCCGUUCUGGCGACUACCAGUGAUCCACGGCUGGACCAGGCGAGAGGUGCUGCUGUCAGGAGCUGUGCUGGUGGCUCUGGUUUUGGUACUGAUUCUGGUUAUAGUGGCGGCCAGCAUUGGAGCGUCCGGGUCGUCUUCACAGGCCGUCCUGGCUGACACCUGUACCGACGCCAACUGUUUGCAUGCUGCAUCUAACAUGUUACUGAACAUGAACAAGUCGGUUGACCCCUGCGAAGACUUCUACUCGUACGCCUGUGGAGGGUGGAUCAAGUCCCACCCCAUCAUCCCCUGGGAGGUUAACGGCAGGACGGUUUUCAGCGACAUCCGGGAAAGGAACGAGGAGAAACUGCGGCUGCUACUGGAGUCGCCGGUGCAGAGGGACACCGACGCGUCAUUCGAGAGGAAAGUCAAACAUUUCUUCACGUCCUGUCUUGAUGAUUACGGACAGCUUGGCGGCUGGUACGUCAUCAACACUUGGGACGAGGCGAGUUGGAACAUGAACACGGCGGUCAGAAAAAUCCACCUGGACUACUGGAUCAACACCUUCUUCAGUAUCGGUACAGCCGUGGACACUUCGGACAGGUCCAAGAACAUCAUAAGUAUUGGUCGCUCAGGCCUGAUCUUCAAUGCGAUUGUGUACAUCAGAACCACCUCGCCUGUGUACCAGCGGGCCUUGGCGUCCUACCGCACCCUACUGGACACCAUCGCCCGUCUGCUAGUCCGGGACCAGGGGCAGUUUCCUAACGAAGCCAAGAUCCUGACGUUUGUCAACGAUGUCACAGCGUUCGAGACGGAACUGGCAAACAGAUAUCUCAACUCUGGACGUCCUUCAUCAAGCGACCCACUGGACAACAGGAUCAGCAUCCGGGACCUUCAGACCAGAGCUGGAGCAAUUAACUGGCGGGACUUCUUCAGCUACGUCGCCACAGACCCGUCCACACCAAUCACAGACGACACAGAGGUGCUACUGUACUAUCAGGACUACAUCGUGCAAGUGUCUAACUAUAUCCUCAGUCUCCAGACUAACGGCAAUCUCAGGAUGUUCCACAACUACAUGUUAUGGCGGCUGAUGUUGGUGUACCAUCAGCACCUGUCCUGGGACUAUAUCCACGCCUACCGGGAGUUCUACGUGGCUGUUACCGGUAGAGAAGAGUUUCUGGGAACGUGGCGCUACUGUUUCCAGUUUACCGACGCCAACAUGGGCUGGGCGCUCGGCUCUCUCUUUAUCAGGGACCACUUUGCUGACGACAACAAAGCCAAUAUUGAGGGACUCGCCAUGAGAAUCAAGCAGAAGGCCAUUGACCAACUGAACCAGGUGACUUGGAUGGACCAGGCCACGAGGGAGGCGGCCAAGGCUAAGAUCCUCAGCAUCAAAGACAGUCUGGGCUAUCCACUAGACCUGCUGGAUGACAGUGGACUGGACGAUUAUUACACGGGGUUGACGGUGAACUAUACCGAUCACUUUGCCAACGUUAUAAACGCUGCGGGCUACAGGAGGACUUACUAUGGGAGGAGACUGGCCAAGAAAACACAUCUUUACGAAUGGGACGUGAAAACCUACAGCACAUUUGGAAAUUACCUGUAUUCAUACAACGAACUAGUGUUCCCUGCUGGUAUCCUGCAGUUCCCCAUAUACGACGCUAGGCACCCUCAAUAUAUGAACUUCGCUGCAGCGGGCACGAUCAUUGGUCGAGAGGUCAUCAACGCCAUAGACGAGGUUGGGGGAUAUUAUGGUAUAGACGGGGCGUCCAGUGACUGGUGGAGUGAAGACACCAGAACUAACUACGCACCGCAGAAAACCUGCGUGUCGGAGUACUACGGGAACAUGACGGUCAAGGCGUAUCCCGAAACAGACCCGUAUCCCGUUCAAGGAGCCCGUAUAGCGGCAACCGCAAUAGCAGAAACAAGUGGACUACGCCUAGCCUACAUGACAUAUAAAGACUGGGAACGGGAGUACGGACGAGAGAAGCUCCCACCGGGUUUGUGGAACACAGGCAGUGACCAGGCGUUCUUCCUGGCGUACGCACAGAUGUACUGUGCAGCUAACACGUUCAUCGGUAGGUGGCGCCAGACGGUGGCCUUCGGAUCUGCGCCCGAAGACGUCAGGGUGUUCGGCGUGCUCCAACACACUAGGGAGUUCGCCCAGGCGUUUCAGUGCGGGGCUAGCGCUAACAUGACCCGGGAAAACAGAUGCCAAGUGUUUUAACACAGGAAAAUUUCUACACCAGAGACAGCCAAAAAGAAAAACGUGUUUGUCUUUUUAUGCAUUGAUCAAGUCUCUACCAGAAUAACAACAUAGGUUCAAAAACAGUAAAAUUAAGCCAAUAGGGAGAAUAAUUAAAUUGACCAGGGGAUAUAUAGUAGAGCACACGCGGUCGUCUCUCAGUAAGACAUCUGGAGCCGCAAAGUUCCCGUUUAG